AUGGAAUUUGUAAAUCAAGUGGCUUUAGUUACUGGUGCAGCGUCUGGAAUCGGUUAUGCUUACACCAAGUACUUACUUCAAAAUAAUGUUAAGGUAGCGCUUUGUGACAUAAACAUCAAGCAAUGCCAAUCCGUUUCCAAUGAAUUUGCACAGAUCUUCGGCCACGAUGAAGUCUUAGCGUUACAUUGUGACGUCACUAACGAUGUGAUAUUUGAAAAUGCAUUCAAGUCGUGUAUAGACCACUUUAAGAGAUUGGACAUAGUCGUCAACAAUGCGGGAAUAUAUAACGAAACGAUGGAAAAGUGGGAGUCUACAAUUAACGUUAACUAUGGAGGUGUGGUCAGGGGCACUAUGUUGGCGAUUAAGUAUAUGGGCAGACCGUACGAUGGCAACGGAGGAACUGUUGUGCAGACUGCGUCCAUAGCUGCUUUUAUGGGAAAUUUGUUUAUAUGUCCAAUAUACAGAUCUACAAAACGGGCCAUCGUAGAAUUCACCAGAGCGAUCGGCGACAAGAAAUCAUUCGAGCAUUUAAACGUCAGAAUUAUGGCGCUGUGUCCGGGAUACGUAAGGACGCCAAUGAUUGAAGGCGACAGGUCCAGUGUGUACUUGAUCAAAGAGUACGGUAAAAAAGCAAACGAAAUGGUGGCCACGUUACCGGUGCAAAUACCCGAAAGUGUAGCAAAAGGGUUAAUCGAAAUACUGAAACACGGCGAAACCGGCGACUGUUGGAUAGUGGAAAACGAUGAAAAACCGCGACCGGCUAACUUACUCGACAUACCGUACUGA